AUGAGGUUCUUCACACUGUCCGUCGCCGCCGCUCUCUGCGGACUUGCAGCUUCUCUCACGGCCGGGGAAGCGCCUCUCUACAAACGAACCGACUUCUGCGGACGACGCCCCGAAUUCGACUACUGCGAGAUCAGCGGAAAAUACGUCGUCUGCGAUGGCGGCAAGCCUACCUUUUACACUUGUGACGGCGGGUGCAAGCCCCUGUGCCACGACGGCACACCCUGCUUCAAGAAAGGAUUCUGUGCCGACAACCAACCCUGCGUCGCUAGAUGUGAUAACGGCAAGCUCAGUGGCCCUCCAAGCUGGGCUCACUAG